GCGGCAGACCGGCGGAGGAGAAUCUGCCUUCAGGUCCUGAUCCGUCUGCGGUGAUCGGCUGUUUGCAGACGGAGGCUGAGGAUGCAGCAGGAUGCUGGGAUCCACGGCGGCGGGACGUCUGGACGCUCUGAGUCGCCCGCCUCUCUGAUGCCGACUGGGAACCUCUGCAGAGACUCGUCAGCCUGCUGACUGCUGUCAUCCGUCUCACUGGAAACACAGCAACGCCUCCCAGUCUGAUCAAGGAUUAUAUUCCCAGUCAGGAGGAACAUCGGAACGCCAAGAGGAAAGGAGGCUGGGCAGGAAACAGCAGAUGGUGACACUGCAGCAGCGCUUCUGCAGCAUGGAGGAGACGGUGCGAUCACUUCUACAGAACCAGGAGCCGCUGGAAGGGCCCAGUGUGGACCCACUGGACUUGAUGAAGGCUUACAAGGACAAACUCCUGGAGGAGAUGUGGAAGCAACAGGACAGUCUGGAGGGUCCCGCAGCCACGGCAGCCGAGACGAUACCCGAGGACAACCUAAAGGACAGCAACCCUCUGCUGGAGCGUCUUCGAGCCCUGGAGGCGGAGAACUCGGCUCUGUCGCUGGAAAAUGACAACCAGAGGAAGCAGUAUGAACGCUGCCUGGAUGAGGUGGCCAACCAGGUGGUGCAGGCCCUCCUCACACAGAAGGACCUGAAGGAGGAGUGUGUGAAGCUGCGGACUCGUGUGUUUGACCUGGAGCAGCAGAACCGGAUCCUGAGCGUCUUGUUCCAGCAGCGUGUCAAAGCGUCCACCGCCUCCGCCUCUCAGGAGGUCCUACGAAACGGAAAGGCCAAAAGUAUCGCAGCUGGAAGAUGGCCCAGCCUGCUGAGCCUAACGUGUCCACGGAGUAGUGGCAGCGGCAGCAGCAGUGAGCUGUCUCUGUCCAGUGCUGGCAGCGAAUACUCCAGCGGGUCUCAUACCUGGGCAGACGGACGGGGUUUCUCCAAACAGUGUGGCCCCAGCCGUGACAAACGGAUGAGUACAGGCUCAGUAUCCAGCAAUCAUUCAGUCUUCAUUGAGCAAACUGACCUGGGAUGGAAAGAGGGCCAUAUUCUGAGAGGCCUAAAGCAUCUUCAGAUGAACAAGUCCAAAGAGGCAACCUCAGCUGCAGCAUCACACUGCAAAGACUGUAUGACCUCAAACGAGGGUAUAUACUCUUCUGGUGUCAAGUCACGCCAACAAGGUUCUCCUUCCAAGAAACCUCCAAUAUGUAAACCUGUAAGCACUGAUACAGGGGCUUCCAUCCUGGACAUUGAAGAUCCAGAUGAGAAAUCCCGUUCAACAGAAUCAGGUGACCGAGCAACAAAAAAACAUCUUCAUUUGGACACACUGAUAGUCACAGAGGCUGACGAAAAAGCUCUGCGAGAAAACUCAUCUAUUCCAGCUAAUUCUGGUCUUUUUCCUUCACCUGACUUUGACAACUUCCUAUAUUUAGAGGGACCCACAGUCAAACCUGGAGUGAGCCCAACAGAUAGCCUUACAAGGUCUGCAGGGAUGAACAAGAACUCACUGGAUGAGCAAAUAUUUUCUGUCCAGAAGAUCAGCGAUAGGAAUAACAACCAAGAACGGUCCACUGACCGUAAAUCCAGACUUGAUUCUAAUAAAAGACAACAAGCUAGACUUCCCAUCAAACAAACAGAAGCAGAGCUAAAUGAUGUCAGUUCAUUAGUUCAGCAUUCUGCAACAAGAGCUCUAAGCUGUAUGAAUGAAGCCAGACAGCGAAGCUCCUCCAUGGAGGUGCCUCACUGCAGAGACCAGGCAAACCAAGCCGGCUGGGAAAGCAAGGCCUGGACCAGCUCAGAAUCGCCACAGAGGAGGCCAAAACUGCACUUUUGUGACUCGGCGAGGAAGGCGUUUAUCCUGCGAAGCAAGAGUGCAGAUGGAGGCCAAGAACAACUUAAGCAUACCCACUCUCCUCUCCAUCAGAAGCUUAUCAAGGGUCAAAGGUCCAAAGGGCAGCAAAGCCCACGCUCGCUAGCUCCCAGUGUUCCAGCCAAAAGGGCAAACCCUCACACCUCAAGCCAAUGCACAUUAGCUCAAAUGGAGAAAGACCAAGAUGUUUUGGUGUCAGCAGGUUCCAAGUCUCUUGAGAGUGUGCCACAGCUGUCUCCACUUGCAUCUCCUGUAAAACAGUCAAAGAUUCUUAAGUCACCAGGCAUUAAAGAUAGCCCAAAGAGUCCCACUAACCAAUCAGCUAGAGUCUCUAGCAAUGAUUCUAUUGAAGAGAACAUCUAUGACAACCUGCCAUGUUCACCACAGAAACAGAGACGCCAAGAACAAGACUGUGAUCGGCUGAGAUCGGAACAAAGGUCUCCAUCUCCACCCCUACCACCGGGUCGAACUACUUCCCUUCUCCUUAGAUCCGUCUCAGAGUGCGCAACCAAAGACAAAAAUGUGACAAGUCCGAUUCAAAGUUCAACCACUGGCAAGCCAUCAUCAGCUAUGGCUAAGACAAAUCCUGAGGUCAGUUCUGCUCUAGAAACUCAACAAUCCAACAUGAAAACAGAUGAAGACCCAAAAAGGACAGAUAUUCCUAGCUCAGUCUGCCUCUCCAAUCCAUCAAACAUCCCUCAUGUCCCUGUUCAAGAAUCAGAGCCUUCAGAUUCGUUUCAGCUCGAUAGAAUCAUCUCAUGCCCCAAUGGGAACGGAGCUCCCAGUAUGUCAACAAAUCAGAAUAUUCUGCAAAGAUCCCAACAGAGCAUCAGUGAGCCAAAACUUUCUGAAGUCUUGCCCACUACUUUCUCUCAUGUUUUCCACCAUGGGAUGCCGGGUAAUCCCCAGACCUCCACUUCCAAUGCUGUAAAGAGGUCUCUUCCUGUGAAUGCCAGAUCUCAUGAAGCAAUCUCUGGACAUAACGGGACUACCUUUCUGGUUUUUGGAGGACAGAGUAAAGAUGAAGCACACAGUCUUCAGACACUCCAGACGUUUAGAUGUGAUCCCCAUGUGAUGCAUAACUAUGGUGAACGGGAGACAUCUUGUAGGAAGAUUGAGACCCGCUGUAACUCCCUGGAUUCUGAGCCACUUCAGCCUGUUGGAUCUGACACUAGUGGGAUGUUAGACUGGGGAUUCGAUGAGCAGGGCUGGCUCUUUAAACGGUCCGUAUCUGUUUCUACCAGACCUCUUCUAAAGCCAGUUCUGGGCAUGAAUGGAGCUAAGGCUCGUAGUCAGAGCUUCGGCGCGCGCUACAUUGACAGGCAGAGUUUCAACAGAUCUGGAAAGGUACGUACCCAGAUCAAAACCCAUUCAGGGAGCUCCCUCAAUUCUCUUGGAGACGUCCUUCCAGGUAGUAUGAGCUGCUCCAGCAGCUACCACUGUCCGAUGAAUAGAUCACUUCUCAACAACUUUUUGAUUGAAGAAGGGUUAAGGGUUCCCUCUCACUUGGGGUCCUCCAGUGAAAAACUUCAAAGUCUUAAACUCCAGCGAGAGCAGGCCAGGCGGCUUCAGAUCGAGCAACAGUUUUCAAGCGCCUUUGGAGAGCCGGUCUCUGAAGAACCGGAGAGACAAAGCACUAUAACCACCAUUGAAGAGAAAGUGAUGCUUGGGAUUGAGGAGAACUUGCACAAGUCCCAGGAAAAUGAGAAAACUAGUGAAGUGAAGCCCAAGUCAGGCUCUAGCAUUGCUAGUUGGUUUGGAUUCCGUAAGAGUAAGCUUCCUGCUCCAAGCAACAAAAAGACGGAUCCGCCAGAAGCCAAAAAAGAAAAGCGGGAACAAAAGAUUACAUCUCUGCUGGGAGGAAAAAGUGCAAAGUCUGACAAGAAGAAAGACAGACGGAAAAGUGAUGGAAAAGAUUGCUCUGUGGGAAUAAGAGAGUCACAUGAUGCAGUCCGGGCAUGCAUCUCCAUGCCCUGCCCAGGAAUGUCCCUCAGUGAGGUCCAAGGACACGCCCACCUCAUAGGGGAUCCUCAGAUGCCGAGCCGCAGACCUGAUGGUGAGAAUGGAUCCGCAGUGAGGAGCCCCAGCCAGGAGGGGGCGAUAGGUCAGGACCCGUGUUCCCUGCUGGUACCUGCCGCAGUGCGGGCCCCUGAUGAUGGCCGGCCUUUAGCCGGUGGCUUGGGCUGCAAGAUGCGGACGUUGGACAGCGGAAUCGGGACUAUCCCCCCCCCAGAAUCCUGCUCCUUCUUCUCCUCCAUCCUCGGCUUCCUUCCCAAAUCCUCGUCGACCCCUCAGGAGUCCCUCAGUGUUCCCGGUUCCUCCCCCAGAGACGUGUCCCCUCUGCCCCGAUGGAGAGUACCUGCCAGCUAUAAGGACAGCAGCCUCGCAGGAGUUCCCGGCUCCGUGUCCGACUCCAUGAUCCGUAUCCCAGCAGUGCCUUUCCCCACUGUGGCCUUCCUGCAGCCUGUCCAACCCGUCUCUGAACCCGUCCUGACCCCAGCCUGUGUGUGUGACCCCCGGAGCAGGCUGCCCAGACCACCCAGAGGUGUGACGGAACCAAAGAAGGCGACUGAUAACAGAACAGGAACUACGACCCGACAGAAAGGACAGACCAGACUCUCAGCUUCCUAACAGGCCUCUAAGCUGAAGCUGUGGACCUGAGGGGGUCUGUGGGAAUCAUCUCAGACUCUGCAGGAACCCGGAGCCUCUCAGGAUGAUCGGGACCAAGACGACACGGUUUGGCGCCUCCAGCGGCUCUCAGUGAGGUGCUGUGAUUCAGAGCACCUGAUCGCAGACCGUCUGGCUGCCGUCUGUCUGCGUCUGGUUGAUUUAGCAGCAAAGCUGAAAACUACUGCUCCAACCCCCCACCCCCAGACUCAUCCUAACGUCUUCCUCACAUCCAGGUUGUUGUAGUCUAGUUACCCCUCAGGUGUGACUGUGGGAUGCAGCGUUCACCUGGGAUUUCUCCUCACUGCAAAGGAAAUUAGCUCAUAAAUUACAGUUUAGCUCUAAUUCUUUUUCUUUAAGCUCUCAAAAUCCCUAAAAUCUGGUUUUCUGUGACGUUCAGGAAAUGGAGUUUCAUAAAGCAGGAUUAACUCUCUAAAAUGAUCUAGAAUAAAGUCGGGAACUCUGAGUUUGAUGUUUCACAACAGCUGCUAUCAUUGUUCAAUCAACUCCUAGUAGAACCCCUCACAGUGGGGCGCCUGCGUAACAGGAAGGUAAAGCCCUGAUUCGACCAGUCACCAUGGCAACAGGAAACAGGAAGUACCUAUUUCACCCACUGGAACUAGAGAUUUAAUGAAGAAAUGGGAAAAAGGAGAAUGUGUUUUAAAAAAGCGCUACAAGUGAGAGGUGAAGGAGGAGAUUGCUGCUUGGGUUUAUAUGAAGUGGUCUAUGGCAGGCCGUUUUAACAUUUAUUAAAAGCACUCUGAUGUUCCAUUUGUACAUCACUAAAAUAAGAUAGAAAUCACACUCCUAGACUGAACUGUAAUAAUCGAUUUUAUUAAUUACAUUUUUGUAGCAGAAACUGAAUUUCAGAAGGUAAAAAAAAUUAUAAUAAGAAUUAAGUUUUAUUUACCUAGAAAUGUUUCCACAUUUUAAGUGUCUGUUCUGACAUUUAUCAGCUUGACUAAAAAUGUAUUUAUAUCUGAAAUAAAUUCCUUCAUAGUCAAAAUAAUACAGAUGAUGAACAGUAAUAUUAGGAAUAUUGAGAUCUGAAAUUAAUUCAUAGACAUCCAGAAUAUUCAUUCUAGAUGUGAAGAGUGUCAUUUUGUGGGGGAGGGCAUAGAACUUAGAAUCCAGAGGUUCUGACUUCAAGUCCCACUCCCACAGCCUCCACUCUGGGUCCCUGAGAAAGACCCUUAACGCCGCACAAUGGCAGCCCACUGCUCCCCGAGAGGAGGGGUUACAUACAGAGAGGGAAUUUGAUUUAAAUGGACGUUAUUAGCGGCUAUCAGUCCCAUAGAAUGGCUUCAGAUUGGGCCAGUAGGCUCAGAGGUUAUCAUCAUCCAGUUAAUCCUAACCCUAAAGUUUUUCAUUUUUCCCUGUGGAAUUAAUGAAUCUAUUUAUCUGUAAUCUGAGAAUAAUCUCAGUAGUUCUUCAUGAACUGUGUAAAUAACUAAAUAAAAAUAAAAUGCUCCGCAUCUCGUUCAUACUAAACCGUAACCAGUAAUCUCCUCUCCUGUCACUGAGUGUAGAAUCCUCUCCCUAUAAAUAUUUAAUUCUCUGAGAAUUAAUGCCAAUCAUUCUUUAUUAAGAUCCUCGUCAAACAGACAUGCAAUGUUUGUUUUUAAAACCUAAUGCAUCUAAAGGACCUGGAGAAUUAUAUAUUUUUUAUGCACAAAACUAGGACAAACCCCCCAAACUAAAUGAGGAAAUCAAGCAGCGUGAUUGGCUGUAAGGAGAGAGAGACAGAGGACCCUGAGUUUACUGAAGGAAAGCAGGUUAGCGGUGGCAGGAUGUUACCAUGGCAACAGAAACAGAGGAUGAGGAAACUGUGAAACAGAAAACUCAGA